AUGAGUGUGGACUCUUAUGCAGUGUUAAUAGAGGAGUUCUGUGGGUGGUGUGUCCUGCCCGCCCACGAACCCUCAGUCUUUGUCCCACUCAUCGGCGGGUCGGUGUGCGGGUGGGUCUACAGCUCCCUGGUGCUCACCGUGGCGCUGCUCGUCUACUGCAACGCCCUCAGCUGCAGCUUUGUGUUCGACGACAUCUCCGCUAUCAAGGAGAACCGCGACCUUCGCCCACACACCCCAGUAACCAACCUCUUCCUCCACGACUUCUGGGGCACGCCGAUGCAGAAGCCCACCCCCACUCACCCUCCCAUGACCUAUCGCCACCCAAACACCCUCCAUGCACUCAUCCGCACCCCGUUCACAGCCCACCCACACUCAUCCACCCGUCAUCCAUCGCCCCACACUCACCCCCCGUCUCUUCGCCCGCAGGAACAAAGCCACAAGUCGUACCGGCCGCUCUGUGUGCUCACCUUCCGCCUCAACUACCUGCUGCACGGCCUCGAGCCCCUCGGCUACCACCUGGUCAACAUGCUGCUGCACGGCGUGGUCUGCAUCCUCUACUACAGGAUGUGCAGCAUGUUCCUCCCUGAGCUGUCGAGCUUCGUGGCGUCCCUGCUGUUCGCUGUGCACCCCAUCCACACCGAGGCCGUGACGGGCGUGGUGGGGCGCGCCGAGACCCUCUCCUCGCUCUUCUUCCUGGGAUCCCUUGUGGCCUACUCGGGGGCCACGGCCAGGACGGUGCGCGGGGCUCGGGGGGCGCGCGUGGCCACCGACUGGCGCCUCAUGCUGCUGGCCAUGCUGCUCGCCACCACAGCCAUGCUGUGCAAAGAGCAGGGCAUCACCGUCAUCGCCCUCUGCGCCGUCUACGAGCUGUUCAUCGUCCAGAAGGUGCGCGGCUGGGAGCUGGUGCAGUUCGGCGAGGGCGUGGUCUCGGGCAAGGGCUCGGUGCCCCCCUGGCUGGCAGACAUGGCCCCGCGGGUGUUCGUGCUCGUGGCCACCACCCUGGGCCUCAUGCUGGCGCGGGUGCACGUCAUGGGCGCCCAGCUGCCGGUCUUCACCAGGUUCGACAACCCUGCCAGUGUGGCCCCCUCCCCGUCCCGCCAGCUGACCUACAACUACCUGCUCAGCGUGAACGCCGGCCUGCUGCUGCUGCCCUCCACGCUCUGCUGCGACUGGACCAUGGGCACCAUCCCCCUGGUCGAGAGCUUCACUGAUGUCAGGAAUCUGGGCACAGUGGCGCUCUACCUGGGGCUCGCUAAGUUGUCCUACCACGCCCUCUUCAUCGCCCCCCGACACCACGCGCAGGUCAUCAUCAUGUCCCUGGCCUUCGUGGUGCUCCCCUUCCUGCCGGCCACCAACCUCUUCUUCCCCGUGGGCUUCGUGGUGGCCGAGCGCGUCCUCUACAUGCCCUCGAUGGGGUUCUGCAUGCUGGUGGCGCACGGCUUCACUAACCUCCUCGACAGAGUACAAGCCAAGAAGUACGUGUGGCUGGCUCUGCUUGGCCUCCUCGCCGUCCACGCCGUCAAGACCCACGUGAGGAACGGCGACUGGCGGGACGAGUACACCAUCUUCACCGCCGGCCUCAAGGUCAAUCAAAGGAACGCCAAGCUCUUCAACAACGUCGGCCACGCUCUCGAGUCCCAGGGUCGCUUCGCCGAGGCUCUGCGCUACUUCCAGGCGGCGGUGACGGUGCAGGAGGACGACAUCGGCGCCCAUAUCAACGUUGGGCGCACCUACAACAAUCUCAAGCUGUUCUCCGACGCUGAACAGGCCUACCUCAAGGCCAAGUCCCUGCUGCCCAAGGCCAAGCCCGGAGAGAGCUAUCAGGCUCGCAUCGCGCCCAACCACCUCAACGUGUUCCUCAACCUGGCCAACCUGAUCGCCAGGAACGAGACCCGCCUGGAGGAGGCCGACGCCCUCUACCGACAGGCCAUCAGUAUGAGGGCGGACUACACGCAGGCCUACAUCAACCGCGGCGACAUACUGAUCAAGAUGAAUCGGACGAAGGAGGCGCAGGAGGUGUAUGAGAGAGCACUCUUCUACGACAGCACCAACCCCGAUAUAUACUACAACCUGGGCGUGGUGCUGCUGGAGCAAGGUCGGGCACAGCAGGCGCUCGCGUACCUGGACAAGGCCCUCGAGAUGGAUCCUGACCACCAGCAGGCACUCCUCAACUCCGCCGUCCUCAUACAGGAAUCCGGGAACGCUGAGUUGCGGCCGUUGGCGUACCAGCGACUGCUGCGGCUGGUGCAGCGGGACCCCCUCAACGAGCGGAUCUACUUCAACCUGGGCAUGAUCGCCAUGGACGACCGCGACUACCGCAACGCCGAGAAGUGGUUCAGGAAGGCCAUCGAGUUGAAGGAAGACUUCCGCUCUGCCUUAUUCAACUUGGCUCUCCUCCUGACGGACGACCAGCGACCCCUCGAGGCGGCGCCCUUCCUCAACCAGCUGGUCAAACACCAUCCGGACCAUGUCAAGGGUCUCAUCCUCCUUGGGGACAUAUACAUCAACAACAUCAAGGAUUUAGACGCCGCCGAGAAGUGCUACGAGCGCAUCCUGGCGGUGGACCCCGGCAAUGUGCAGGGCCUCCACAACCUGUGCGUGGUGUACGUGGAGCGCGGGGAGCUGCACGCCGCCGAGUCCUGCCUCAGCCGCGCCCACGUGAUGGCGCCCCACGAAGACUACAUCCUCAGGCACCUCAAAAUCGUCAGAACUAGGCUUGCCAAGUAUUCUCAGAUGCAGCAGCAGCAGCAACAGCAGCAACAAGGGGUUGGGGGGAGUGAUCGGACACCAUCAUCAGUGUUACCUGACGGCGGUGAUUCGCCGGAAGGAACGAGUGAAUCCAACCCUUCGAGGCCUAAAAAGACUGUGUUUAUUACAAAAAGUAGUGAUAGUAAAAAUGCCGAGAAACAGCUGACCAGAAAGAUGGGUGCGACAGUGAACAGUGACACGAGCGACUCCUUAUCGUAAGACUCUGCUGUUGCCGCAAGCAUGCCAAAGUUACUACAGUCAUUAGACGGUAUAAGUGUGGUGUUGGGCGUCCUGGAGUGAGUGACUGGCGGCGGGCGUCCACUCCCUCAUGCACUCCAGCCAGUCAGGACCCUCCGUAGUGCAGCAGACAUGGACCCUCCUCCACAUCCUUCUUACCCUCUCCUCCUCCUCUUCCUCCUCCAGCUCGUGGUUGUUGCCUUCCCACCAGCAUGAUUCACAGCUGCAGAAAGACAUGUGCAGUGGAAACUUAUGACUAUGUAUGAUAUUAGAUAAGAAUAUCAUUAACUUAGCUGUAAACAACAUCAAGAAGAAGAAGGUAUUGUUAUUUUCCCGCGGGAUUCAUGAUUUCCGGUGAUUUUAAUUUGUUGGAAAUACACAAACAAUCAGCAAUAAAUAGAAAUUGAACCUAAGAGUAAGGUUAGGAACCCAAGGUGGGCGUCAUGAUCCUCAUCACAUGUUAACCGGGAUUUCUGUAGGAAGUUUCCGCUGCGGGCGAGAAAAAAAAGGAUGAAAAACAACACGUGAUGUGAACCCCGACGGACAGUCAUCAUGAAGCAAGUGCUGGCCAUGCCGGUGACCUUCCAUCCAACCUGAGGGAACGACGGACAGAACGAAUGAGAGAGAGAGAGAGAGAGAUUUGAACACUUGAGUGGUGGAGCGUGUGCACUGCAUUAUCAGUUCUAAUGUCCGAAAAACAUUUCCGGUGGCGUUACCUGACAUGCUAUUGAACUCCAUGUCUCCUAGAAAACAAAGAAUGAAAAGAGAUGAAGCUGCACUUUACGAAGAAACACACUUUGCUGAGUGAAUAAUACCAGGAUGAUCAUUUGCAAGAAUGUCAAUACUUCCCUCUGUUAUCUGUGAUUGUAAUAAGUAGGCAACAUUUUGCUAAAUCUCCGUUGGUACAGCUAAGGGGAUUGUACGGCAUCGCUUCUUUCGGUGAGCUUUUUUUUGGCGGAGCUGUGAGGCGGAAGGGCGCGAGAUGUUUGUUCUUAGCGAGGCUGUGAUGACCGGCCGAGGACACUGAGUGGUCGACGCCUCCCCCGCACCAGGAAGGCUCAGAUCAGUUAUUUAUUUAUCACGGAGACACUCCUCGCCGCCCCGAGGGUCGCGCAACACCCGGUCGGGCGGCGGCGGCGGCGGCGGUCCCUGUCACACUUACUCUUCGUUUCUGGCCACUCGCGCCUUGCCUCCUGUGAAUGGUAUUAUUAUGUUAUUAUGGUUAACGUUUGCCUUUUCUUCGUUUUGUAUGAUCUGAUAAGAUAAAAAAAAAAGAAAUGUAGAGGUAGAUUAAAAAUUACGUAACUAUAAGUUCGCUGUGGAUAUUUUUUCUAUAUAAUGUGCGAAUGAAAAAAACAUUGCCUGAAAUGUGCAUAGCAAAUCGAGGAGCCGUGACGUGGUGGGUCGUGCAGCGAUAUUUUCUAGUCUGGAGCACCUGGCCGGGCCAGAGGCGGGGCCAUGCCCAGCAGACCAAGGUUUGCGUGGAGGCCUGAAUCACGUGUGGCCGCACGACUGAACUCCCAAGAGAUUCCUUUUUGCCUACGAGAUUUUCACCCCAGCACGCCACUAAUGGACUCCCCAGGAGGCCGCCCACCGCCCACAACUGGCCCCGGCUGCUGCUGCUGCUGCUGCUGUUGCUGCUAUGCUGCUGCUGCUGCUCCCAAUAGCUGUUUGCGCGCACCACAACAUUUCAGCUGGAACUGAGUGUACUUUUUGUGAUACAGCUCUCCUCCCCCUCUCCCUCUUUCUCGUGUUUCCCUGUGUUGACGCCUUUUCACCCUGUUUUCAUUAUAACGCUACGCCAGACACGCUGAUAGCCAACAGUGCUUUACAGUACCGACUACACCUUCUGAAAUCUCUUCCAGGCCGGUGGAGUAAUCUGGUUGUUUGUACCUUCUGACUACUGCCUUUGGGAGCCACAGUCUGUUCUUUUAGUUUCCUGAACUUUGUUUUCGCCAGCAAGUUAUGGUCAGCUUUGAAGGUUCUCGUCUGGGUCCUUGUGUACAUACGAAUAUCCACACUGAGUGGGAGGGCGAAUUUUAAAAAAGAGAACAGAACAUUAUUCCUAUACCCAUUCCAAUUCCAACUCUUAUUAGUCUAUCUACUAUUGAUGUCUCCUUUCUCUGGAUGUAUGUGUUCUUAUGGAGAGAUAUUUUUUAAGUUAUUCACCUUCAAGUAGAUACCGAGGUAGUAGGGUCGCGGGGCUGGAGUUCGGUUCACUUCACCGUACACGCGACUGAGGCAGAGACGCAGCAUUCAUGACAGGAUACUCAGCUGGAGGCAGACAGGGACGAGAGUGCAGGCGACGCGACGGGACGUUGCGAGUAGAGCCGUGCGAUAAUACUUUCGUGUUUCUCAGCCGUUCUAUCGGGUAGGAUGUCAACAAAAUAGGAAUAAAAAUAUGUAAAAAUGUAACAAAACCUUGAUGUCGAACUCAUCUGCUGACAGAGUACUUAUCCUGGUGGAUACUGUAUAUUACAGUGUUUGACUGUCCAUGUUUCACUUACCUGUGACGAACUGGUGUAUCACUGUACCAUAAGCGAUGUACAUUUUCCUACACAACUGCAGUGAUCUUCAAGAGUAGCCAUUUCGACUUUAGGUACUUCAUUGCAUUUGCUGGGGAAGGAAGAGCGGGAAGCCGCGGGAGUCUCGGAUCUGGCGCACCGGCGGCGCUGCUCCGCGCGGCAGCGGCACUCGGCGCGCUUCACGGGAGGCGAGACUGGAAGUGGCGAACGAUCUUUGUAAAAUUUCAGCGGUGCCUUUUUGGGAUGUCUGAAAUGGUAUUGUAAAAAAAAUAAUAGACUUUGUAUAUCGAUUUUUUUUCAUAAAUUCAAUGAUAUUUUUCUAUGUACCAUACACUCGUGUUCCCCAGAGCGCUAGUUAUGAUUCAAUAUGUCUGAGACUUGUGUGUAACAUGUAGGUGUCUCGGAUGUGUAGUUUGGACCCCACCCCUUUCCUCUCCUAUGUUACACGUGCUGUUGGUUGAAUCUAUCGAUGUCUUCACAUUUCAUACGUAUAUAGUUAUAUUGUUUUCCAGACUCAUCAUUCAUUAAGUCCGUCACCGAGUUUUCGCAUUGGUUAACCGGUUUUAGUAUCAUGAAGAAAAUAUUAGUUUUGUUAUCUUUCACACACCUUUCGGAAUUCAAGCCCAUUUUCUGUAUACCCUUCAACCACGUAUCUGACAUUCUGAAUCUACUUACUGUCUUCCAGUUUUAUGUGAGGCAAAGAAUCUCAUGUCCUUGAUAUGUCCGUUUGGUGAUUGGCUUAAGGAAGACGUGAGUUUGGGCUCCUGCCUUGUAUGGCGGAGAGGCGAGACGGGGCGCCAACCGCUGGACGUGGCUGCAUGUCUUCAGCCCUUCAGCCGUUGGUCCUUCGAAAGAGGUUGCAAUGUUUAUAUUAUGAAGCAUAGAGGCUUGGACGGAAAAUAUGGUCUGGGGAACUUUUUCUUUAUAGACGAUAGUGAUUUCUCUUUCUCUCUCUACCUCGGUCUUGUUUCCUUGCCUGUAACAUUGGACGUGAGUGUUGAGGUUUGCAUGUAGACUCUGGUCAUUACUCUUGUGCAGUGUUGCUGUGGGCGAACGUGGCCGCUGAGUCUUGCCCGAGGAUGUGAGUCAGCAAGGGCCGAUCUUCAGCAUAACCCAUCUGUUUGUGGUAUUUGUUUGUUCUUUUGUAUUCAAGGGAUUUGGUAAUUUAUGCUGCAGUGGUUUUCUUGUGUUCACGCCGUAAAAAUUUAUAUGAUUGUGUGUGCCGUAGCGAAAUUCCUGAUUCGUUCAGCUUAAGUUAUACUGUGAAUUUUAUUUAUGAUACUUGUACGAAUCGGGUUGUGAUCCUUUGUAACACCUGUACCAAAAUGCAGGUGAUCGUGUAUGGUUAUGUUUGCAGUGUAUUUCAGUCAGGUAGUUCUUGUACAUGCACUGUGUAGACGUAGUUGUUUCAUUGUUGUAUAAUAUUCUGUUGAUGGGUCUUAUGGUGAUAACAAAUGUUUCAUAGAUUAUUUGAUUGAUCUCUGAUAAAUUCACACUAGAGUAAGGGCAAGCCAGAGAGCACUGAGAGUGGGAGCCAGGCGACCGUGAGGAGCAGGCACGCCCAGCACCCAACGGCGGCGGCCGGCCUGUGUCACACCGGAUCUGCAACUUUGGAACAAAAUGUCAAUAGAUUCUCUUAGAUUCAGUUUCAGUCUCUGCAGUUUUUAUAUGAUAGUUGCAACAGCACCAAUAAUAUGUAAAGGCUGUUUCUCUAGGAGGAUACUCACUCGUGCGGCGGUGCAAGUCAGGUGUGGCGGGUGGCGGGUCCCUGGCGAGGGGACGCAGCGGCUUGGCGAGGCGGGAGGCGCGGCGCCGCGUGCACUGUCCUCACCACUCUCCCGUCUGUCCUGCCUGUGAUACUGUACUCCAAUACACCAUCAUCUACUCCU